UUCAGCUUAAAUACCAUGUCUUCGGUCUCCAUAUUCACCAGUUCACUUCUGUCCACAGUCGUCGAAUACUUUGACAAAACAACAACAAAACACCACUAAAAUGGCCGCUAAGUUCGUCAUCCUCGCCGCUUGCGUGGCUACCGCUCUCGCCCAAUACUCUGCCCCGGCCUACAAGCCAGCUUACUCGGCACCGGCUUACUCCGCACCAAAGGCUUACGCUCCAGAACCCGCAUACGCCCCAGCCCCAUACAACUUCGAAUACAGCGUAAACGACCCACACACCUACGACGUCAAGAGCCAAUCUGAAUACAGCGACGGCAACGGUUACGUCAAAGGAUCCUACAGCCUUUUGGAAGCCGAUGGUUCCACCCGUACCGUCGAAUACACCGCUGACGACUACAACGGUUUCAACGCCGUCGUCAAGAACGAAGGUGGAUACAAGGCCCCAGCCUACUCCGCACCGGCCUACAAGCCAGCAUACUCUGCCCCAGCCUACUCCGCACCAGCCUACAAGCCAGCUUACUCUGCACCAGCUUACUCUGCACCAGCCUACGCUGCCCCAGCUUACCCAGCACCAGCAUACUCUGCCCCGGCCUACAAACCAGCAUACAAACCAGCAUACAUGAUCGUUUUCGUUACAUGUCUGUCAUCCGUCCUGGCUCAAUACGUCGUACCGGCAUACCCCGCUUACCACGUGACAUCGGCAAAAGCUUACGUACCGGUAGAACCCGUCAACGUGCCGACGCCGUACAACUUUGGGUAUAGCGUGAACGACCCAAGCACUUACGACGUCAAGAGCCAGGCUGAGUCCAGCGACGGCAACGGUAACGUAAAAGGCUUUUACAGCCUUUUGGAAGCCGACGGUUCAACGCGCACCGUCGAGUAUACCGCCGACGACUACAACGGGUUCAACGCUGUCGUCAAGAAGGAAGGGAAAAAUUACCUUCGAUACUUCUGUAUAAAUACUCUACAUUCGAUGAGGAUUAUCACCAGUUACUUCUCUCUUGUUCAUUUGAUCAAAUCAAAAAAUAAAAAAAAAAACACAUCAAAAAUGGCCGCUAAGAUGAUCAUAUUCGCUGCCUGUGUGGCCACCACACUCGCCCAAUACGCUGCCCCGGCUUACCCAGCACCCGCUUACUCAGCACCAAAGGCUUACGCCCCAGAACCCACAUACGCCCCGAAACCAUACAGCUUCGAAUACAGCGUAAACGACCCACACACCUACGACGUGCACAGCCAAUCCGAAUACAGUGACGGAUACGGCAACGUCAAAGGAACUUACAGCCUUUUGGAAGCCGACGGUUCCACCCGCGUCGUCGACUACACCGCUGACUCCUACGGAUUCAACGCUGAAGUCAAGAAAAUCGACGGUGGAUACAAGGCCCCGUACAGCGCCCCAGCUCCAGCCUACAAAUCUGCCCCAGCCUACAAGCCAGCUUACUCCGCACCGGCUUACUCCGCACCAUCUUACUCCGCACCAUCUUACUCCGCACCAGCUUACUCCGCACCAGCUUACUCAGCACCCGCAUACUCUGCACCAGCCUACAAACCAGCCCCAUACAAGGCAUAUUUCGAAAACAACAGAACUACCAAGCACACACAGAACAACUCAAAAAAUUCAAAUAAAAUGGCAGCCAAGAUGAUCAUAUUCGCCGCUUGCGUGGCUUCCGCUCUCGCUCAAUACUCUGCCCCAGCUUACAAGCCAGCGUACUCAGCGCCCGCUUACUCGGCACCAAAGGCUUACGCCCCAGAACCCUCAUACCCACCCACACCGUACAACUUCGAAUACAGCGUAAACGACCCACACACCUACGACGUGCACAGCCAAUCCGAAUACAGCGACGGCAACGGCAACGUCAAAGGAACUUACAGCCUUUUGGAAGCCGACGGUUCCACCCGCGUCGUCGACUACACCGCUGACUCCUACGGUUUCAACGCCGAAGUCAAGAAAAUCGACGGUGGAUACAAGGCCCCGUACAGCGCACCGGCCUACAAGCCAGCUUACUCCGCACCAGCUUACUCUGCACCAGCCUACGCUGCACCAGCUUACCCAGCACCCGCAUACUCUGCACCGGCCUACAAACCAGCCCCGUACAAGGCAUACUAAUAAAUCUCAAUCCACCCUCGAGCUAUGGCGCUGUUUAUAAAAACCAUCAUACAGUCAUAUUGAUUAUGAUAACAUUAUUUUCAUUGCCUGUUCAUAAACCA